AUGGCAUUGAAUGAUUCAAGUCUAAAUUCACAAUGUUAUAUGUAUGAAAACGAUAUAAAUUUCAAAACUUAUCUAUCAAUUCACCACGCAAAUUGUCAAACUUCAAAUAUUUGUAUUGAAAAAUCGUCAGUAAGUUAUCCAAGAGAAAAUGCUACAUUUCUAAUGUUAUGUCGUAACCUGGACAUGUAUGAAGUUUUACAAACAGUUCAAAUCGUUCAAGAUAGAUUUAACAACAAGUUCAAUUACGAUUAUACCUUCUUAAAUGACGAACCAUUUACAGAUGAAUUUAUAUACUUGAUCAGCUCGUAUAUAACAAAAGGUAAAAUUAAUUUUGGAAUGAUUCCCACUGAGCAUUGGUGGUAUCCCUCACAUAUUAAUCAAACUUUAGCUCAAGAAAUUAGAGAAAAUUUUGCAGAUGUACCUUAUGGAAAUUUGGAAAGUUAUCGACACAUGUGUAGAUACUUUUCUGGAUUUUUUUAUAAGCAUCCCAUGGUGAGACAAUAUCAAUAUUAUUGGAGAAUUGAACCAAAUAUAAAGUUAACAUGUGACAUCAAUGAAGAUCUUUUUAAAUUUAUAAAAGUGAAUGAUAAAAAAUAUGGAUUUGUUAUUUCUUUAUUUGAAUACUCCGAAACUAUACCUACUUUGUGGUCAAAUGUAUUGGAAUUUAUCAAAUUAAAAAACUUGAAACCGGAGUUGUUACAUGCUUUACUUAAUGAUUACGAUUGGUACAAUUUAUGUCAUUUCUGGUCAAAUUUUGAGAUUGCAAACUUAGAUAUUUUCAAUAAUAAUGAAAUUUAUGAAGAAUUUUUCAAAUUUUUAGAUUCAAAAGGAGGAUUUUAUUAUGAGAGAUGGGGUGAUGCACCAAUUCAUACAAUCGGUCUUAUGCUAAGUUUAAAAAAAGAAGAUUUUCAUUGGUUUAAUCAAGUAGGAUAUUAUCAUCCACCUUUUUCAGCGUGUCCUCAAAAUUCUAAAAUUUAUUUGGAAAAUAAAUGUGUUUGUGACCCAGAAGAUGACGUGAAUCUGAACAACCAAUUUAGCUGUACAAAUCACUUUUUGAAAUUGUUAAAAGGUUAA